AGGGGUCUCUGGAAAUGGGCUUGCCCUGGGGCAAGAGGUGCAGCAACGGCUCCGCCAGCUGCUCACCCACUUACGCAGGUAAUCGGGGACUGUCCCUUUAACAGACUGAAUGCGUGAGCUUGUCCAGAUUAAAAAGCCGCUGUGCAACAUGUUUUCUCCUUUUGGUGAUGCCCCGUUUUGCUCAGCUUCUGCUCGGCUUCAGUCGGGAUUCCCCCUGCAUCAGGAGCAAAGUCCUUUGGAAAUCUGUGUUCCUUCAGGAGUUAAAUCUACCAGUGGUAUGUCUCUCUCUCUGAGCCUGUGCAGCUGGGAUCUUGCCUCUCCAGUGGCUGCAUGUGCUGUGGCAGAAUUCCCGGUUGCUGCUCUGGAAACCAACGGUGCCAGGGAAGAAUGUGCCAGCUCAGCGGAUCAGUCCAGAGAAUGCAUAAAGUGCAGCAAGAGCAGCAUCAUGUCUGACGGCAAGGAGUGGGCCACCCUCAGCCCGGAGGAGUUCACCCAGCUGCAGAAGUAUAUUGACUAUAGCAGCAAGAAAGUGCAGGAUGUGCUGAAGGAAUUCUAUGGGGAGGGUACAUUGUCCCAGCAUCUGCAAGGGGAUUUAAUAGACUUUGAAGGCUUCAAGCUCUUCCUGAAAUCUUACCUGGAAGCUGAGGAGAUCUCAGAUGAACUUUGCUGUCAUCUCUUCAUGUCUUUCCAGACUACAGCAGGACAAGCCACAAAAGAGCCAGCCAGUGGUUUUGUUUGCGUCAAUGACGUCUCUUGUUACUUCUCCCUGCUAGAAGGUGGGAGGCCCGAAGACAAAUUGGAAUUCACCUUCAAGCUUUAUGACAAAGAUGGAAAUGGUCUUCUUGACAAUUCAGAGGUAGAUCGCAUCAUCACACAGAUGAUGCGCGUAGCUGAAUAUCUGGACUGGGAUGUCACUGAGCUUAAACCAAUCCUGCAGGAGAUGAUGCGUGAAAUUGAUUACGACAGCAGCGGGACCGUGUCUCUCUCUGAAUGGCUCCGCGGUGGUGCCACCACUGUCCCCCUCCUGGUGCUACUUGGGCUGGAGGCGACGAUGAAAGACGAUGGGCAGCACCUGUGGCGCCUGAAGCACUUUAACCGUCCCGUUUACUGCAAUGUGUGUGAGACGCUGCUCUUGGGGCUACGCAAGCAGGGGCUGCGCUGUACUUUCUGCAAGUACACUGUGCAUGAGCGCUGUGCUCGGAAGGCGCCUCCCAGCUGCAUCAGCACCUAUGCCAAGAAACGCCGUGACACCGACGUGCAAGCACAUGUUUGGGUAAGAGGAGGCUGUGAUGGCAGUAAGUGUGACAAGUGUCAAAAGAAGAUUAAGAGUUUCCAGAGCCUCACAGGCAUGCACUGUGUCUGGUGCCAUCAGAAGAUUCAUGAUGAGUGCCUGCCUCUCAUGCCUUCCACCUGUGACUGCGGAAUCCUCAGGGACCAUAUCCUGCCUCCUUCAGCAAUCUACCCUGUGGUGUUGGAGCGGCAGAACAGCCAAAAGAACGGGACCCCUUCAGAUGAGCCAGUUCAGCCAUUCACGACUCCUGAGGGACAGGCCUUGCGGAUCAUCCCUUUGCCUGACACACACCCCUUGCUUGUCUUUGUCAAUCCUAAGAGUGGUGGAAAACAAGGAGAGAGAGUGCUGCGGAAAUUUCAGUACCUCCUCAACCCACGACAGGUUUAUAACUUAUUAAAGGGAGGUCCUGGACCUGGCCUCAAUUUUUUCCGAGAUGUACCAGACUUCCGUAUCCUAGUUUGUGGCGGUGAUGGCACUGUGGGGUGGAUCUUGGAUGCCAUUGACAAAGCCAACCUACCAAGUCGGCCGCCGGUGGCUGUCUUGCCUCUAGGAACUGGCAAUGAUCUGGCCCGCUGCCUUCGUUGGGGUGGAGGUUAUGAUGGUGAGAAUUUGGUAAAGAUACUGAAAGAUAUUGAAGCAAGCAGCAUCUUACAGAUGGAUCGCUGGUCAGUGCAGGUGAUGCCAGAGAACCCUGAUGAGAAAGGAGACCCUGUGCCCUAUGAGAUAAUCAAUAACUAUUUCUCCAUUGGCGUAGAUGCCUCUAUUGCCCAUCGAUUUCAUGUCAUGAGAGAGAAAUACCCAGAGAAAUUUAAUAGCAGGAUGAAGAACAAGCUCUGGUAUUUUGAAUUUGCCACAUCAGAGACUAUCUUUGCCACAUGCAAAAAGCUCAAGGAGUGUCUGUCUAUAGAGUGCUGCGGGCAGUCCCUUGACCUCAGCGGAGCCCUUUCUGGAGUAGCUGUCCUCAAUAUUCCCAGUAUGCAUGGUGGUUCCAACCUCUGGGGUGAAACCAAAAGGCCUUUGGGGGAGGCAGCAGCACGUAGCACAGCCGGAGGAGCAGCACAGCCUCAAGUCAUCACUGAAGCUGAAAUCCUGAAGAACUGUGUACAAGAUCUGAGUGAUCGGCGGAUGGAGGUGGUGGGCCUGGAGGGUGUGUUUGAAAUGGGACAGAUCUACACAGGUUUGAAGAAUGCAGGCACACGGCUGGCUAAGUGCUCCGAGAUCACACUGAAAACCUUCAAACAUCUUCCCAUGCAGAUCGAUGGAGAGCCAUGGAUGCAAGCGCCGUGCACAAUCAGAAUAACUCACAAGAACCAAGCUCCGAUGCUCAUUGCACCACCUCCCCGUUCCUCCAGCUUUUUUGGCCUGAAAAAGGGACCCCAGGAGACCUAAACAAGGCUUCUCUUCCUUCAGGGAGCAGCUGCCCCCACAGAAAUGCAACCUUGGGGCCCCUGUUGGGAUAUCCUGCCGCUUUGCGCCACAAGGAGAGUCUAGUUCCGUCACCACCAUCCGUAGCAAAUUAGAAGAAGCCAAACUUCUCCUAUCUAGUACGUGACGAGGCGAGAGAGUAUGCUAUAUCCAAAUUCUUAGCUUUUGCAACACAAAUCGGCCUUGCCAAUUUCCUAGUCUGAAGCAGGAGAACUUGGGGCCCUCUGCCCUUUUAGGUUUUGCAGCACCCAGUAAUUUGGUGUUGCCCUCAGGUUUCCUGCCUAUGCUAGUAUCCGUUUUAAUGUGUGGAUGCCAAUUUCUUCCUUUCUUGCCCACUAAAAAGUCUCUGUAGACUGCUGCCUCUUGUCCUUCAAAUUCUGUUCCUUGUAGAUUUUCCUGUUUGCACUUGCAGUAACUACUGAAAGACAAUGGUGGCACCAGCUGUUCUUUCCCUCCCCUCCCCUCUUUUUAUUUAUUAUGAUUCUGUGCCAAGUCCUUCCCUGUACAGUUUUCUCGGAAGAGUUUCAACGUGGUAAUAAAGGGCCGGGCUUGGAUCUGUUCUCCCACUGUAGUCAGUUUUCUUGGCUAUAAGCAGAAAUUAGCUCUUAGGCUGUGGGCAUCCCCGUUUUUAAAACUUUAUCUGCCUUUUGGUCAAAGCUUGUAGAAAAUGCGACAAGGCAUAUUUUGCUGGGGAUAUGUAUGUGCAUGUGCAUGUGUGAGUGUGACAACAUGCACACAAUGUUAUAUGAUUUCUGGCCCACAAAGGACAGUGAAAUGGAAUCUUGCCAUUGGAUUAUUUACUUGCUAUUGUGGGAGCGUUAUCUCAGACAGUCAGGCAUAGCUACAUUGGCAUUGAAUGCUAGGGCAGGAGCAGCCCUUCAGAUGAGAUGAAGUUCAACCCCUAACCAACACAGCCAGUGGUGAACGGUGUGUUCAGCGACAUCUGGAGGGCCACAGGCCCCCAGGUUCUUUGCACACUGGCUUUGUUACUGUUUGCAGCUGUGCAGCAGAAUAUGCACCGAAGCAUGGAACGCUUGUGCAAUGCAUUGCAAUCAUACAGAGGAUCCAAACUGAAGACCACCAUAUUUGCUGGUACAGCUGCUCAUGAUGAAAGCCUUAACUGGAUUUAUAAAGGUGUCAGCAUGGACUUGCUGCUUGUUUCCUGCUUGGUGGGUUGUCCUGCACUAUACUGUGUGCAAGAAGGCAAUAUGAGAUAACACAGGAAUCAUUUAAGGGUAAUAGCAAGCACUGUAGAUUUCCACUGUUACUGGAUUUCCCAAAUCUCCUUUACCAUUAGUCUGCACAGUAUAUGGAUAGUUAUGACUCUAGGGCAGUGGAAGCAACUUCAUUCCUGCUAUGGGAACAACCACGACCCAGGAGGGUUAGGUUGAUGAGUGGAUCUAUGUAAUACAAGAGGGACAGGGAGCUGAGUUAAACAUGUGCAUUAAGAGAAAUAGCUUCUGUUGGAAAAGCCUCUUGUUCAGUUCUUUUUGUUCCCAUAAAUGAUUGUGAUACGAUUAAAUUCUUAAGACAAGUUUA